AUGGCAAUACCCAUCAGUCAAAUUCCUAUUCGUACGAAAAGUCAGAAAACUUGUAGUCAUCACAAGGGGAAGGAACUUGAAAUGUAUUGUGAAAAAUGUCAAGAACUGGUUUGUCUUAAAUGUAUCGCUUCAACUCACAAAAUUCACCCACUUUGUGAACUCGGUGAAAUCACCCCUCAAAAGAAAGAAGACAUAAAAAACUUUAUUGUCAGAACAGAACAAAAUGACAUGGUAGAAAUCGGUAAAUACAUCACCUCUGCUGAUAAACUUCUCAAAGACAAUGACAGUACAUUUGAGAAACUGUCAAAUCAGCUAAUAAUGCAAGCAGAUAAAUUGAAACAAGAUCUUGACAAUCUUACAGCAGAGACACUUUCUCUUUAUCAGAAAAUGAAGGAAGACAAUACCAAGCUCAUACAGAAAUACAAACAUGACCUGGAGAUGUACGACAAACAACUCAAACAACAAAUACUGGAAUGUAAGACAGUACUUCAGCAGGGUUCAAACAUAGACAUUUUUGAUACACCUUGUGUGAUCCAUUCUCCGAUUGGUGUCCCUGUUGAACCUACCCUAUGUACUGCAAGCUUCACUCACAACAAAAAUCCCCAAGGUCACUUGGAAUUAGCCUUAGGGAACGUGAUCACCUCUGGUCAAGUUCAUACAUCAACUGAUCAGGAUCGGUCAGUCUCGACACCGGGUGAUCGGGGACAAUCCACUCCACACCGACAAGGGUCAGGAGAAGUAACAAAGGAGAAGCUACUAUCAGAGACCACAGUAACGGAAGAGUGGGAGUCUCCAUGUGACAUUAGUUCUCUUUGUCCCAUCAAUAACGGAGCUUGGAGCUGUGGUUACAGUAAUACAUUAGCUCUCCUGGACAGGAAGGGUACAGUAAUACAGAAGAUCACACACAAGACUAAGAUCAACAACAUUGGUCUGUCACCUACAACAAACAGACUGUGGGUUUGUGACAGCAAAAACAACAUCAUGGAGCUGGAAUCAGGACGUCUUACACACCGAUUCAGAACCGAGGAGGAAUCUAAAUGUAUAUGUGUUACAGCCAGUAACCAUAUCAUUGUUGGUAUGCCCAAACACAUCUGUAAAUUUACCACACAAGGCCUGAUCACUACAAUGUCUACAGGGAGUGGGCAACCAUUAGUGUGUACACCACACAGGAUCACAGAAUGUCCCGUCACUCACAAUAUCGCAGUGAUUGAUCUCACUCCAGAAGGUAAAGGUGGAAAUAAGAACAAACAUGUCAUUGUCAUGGAUAGUGACUUCAAGGAUCUGUUUGUAUGCAGCGAUAAACAAUUUUACCCCCAAGAUGUGGCCUAUGAUAGUGUGGGGAACCUCAUCAUAGGGGAUCACAAUAACUGCAGGGUCGUACUCUUCAGUGGAAGUGGCGAGUUCAUCGGGAUCAUACACACAGAUAUAGGCUGGGCAUUGGCUGUAGGUGUGGAAAGGAAGGAUGUCAUGUGGGCAGUGUUUACUGACUUCUCGUGUUACAACGUAAAACGACUACAGUACAGUAUUGAGGACAGCUUUGAUAAAUUUCUGCUGUAA